AUGGCACAACAGGUGGCGACAAUGGGGUGCCAUGGGUGCCGUGUGCUAGUGAGGUUGACUGCGGAAGGCAGGGCACGCUGGGGACAACAUGCUUGGGCACCAGUUGUAGGGGUUGAGCUUUGGCAGUUGCAAGACAACCCAGUUGGGCAUCGAGGGCGAGGUUGGUUGUGGAGUGAUCAUGGUGGAAUCAACGCCCUUGGGUGCUGGGCAAGGGUCGACGAGCGUAAGAAAGGUGUCGAUAGGUACAAGGCAUGGCCAGGCAGGCACGCAGGUAGCAACAGUGGACGGUAG